AUGGAGGGUGAUAAUUCAACUUGCAAUGGAAAUCUCGAUGCAGUUUUAAAUGUAGACGACAAUGCAACACAAAUGUGUGAUGACUCAAGCAUUGAAGCUCAUGUUCCUCUUUUACAGAAGUUGAUAGCAGAGGUGGUGGGAACAUUCUUCUUAAUAUUUAUUGGAUGUGGUGUUGUAGUUACAAAUCUUAACAACGAUAAUGUAGUGACACUUCUUGGAAUCGCAAUUGUUUGGGGACUUUGCGUUGUGGUAUUGGUAUAUUCUCUUGGCCAUAUUUCUGGUGCUCAUUUUAAUCCUGCGGUUACAAUUGCUCAUGCAUCUACCAAAAGAUUUCCAUUGGUGCAGGUACCACCAUAUAUAAUCGCUCAACUCGUUGGAUCCCUACUUGCAAGUGGAGCUCUGAAACUUGUAUUCACUGGCAAAGAAAAUCAAUUUGUAGGAACACUUCCAGCCGGUUCUGACCUUCAAGCUUUUGUCAUUGAAUUUAUAAUUACUUUCUAUCUUAUGUUCAUCAUUUCUGGAGUUGCCACCGAUGACAGAGCGAUCGGUGAAUUGGCUGGACUUGCAGUUGGAUCUGCAAUUAUUCUAAAUGUGUUGUUUGCUGGGCCAAUCACAGGAGCAUCAAUGAAUCCAGCGAGAAGUUUAGGUCCAGCUAUUGUGCACCACGAAUAUAGAGGGAUAUGGAUUUAUUUAAUUUCACCUAUUCUAGGAGCUUUGGCUGGUACAUGGACAUAUACUUUUAUCAGAACCACAAACAAACCAGUACGUGAGAUCACAAAAAGUUGUUCAUUCCUUAAACAAUCGGGAAGGAAGUGA